GUGCGGAUGGGCAUCGAUGGUUCCGGUGCGAGGGCGUGCUCGAGGCGUCCACCUUCCCAUUUGCGCUGGGGUGAAGCGGUCAGAGGUGGAAGGCUGGCGCCAAGCGGCUUAGCUCAAGGCUGCUAGAACUCUGCUCUGUGCAAGGCUCUCUGGGACUUGCAGUUCUCCUUGGGAAGCGGAGACUUGACAGCUGACGGAAGCGAGGCUGCGGGGAAUGGCCGCCGCGGCUACCAUGGCGGCCGCCGCCCGCGAGCUGGUGUUACGGGCUGGGGCCUCAGAUAUGGAGGAAGAGGAGGGUGUGCUGGGGGGCGGUCCUGGGCUCCAAGAGCCCCUGCCACUUGGAGAGUUGGAUAUCACCUCUGAUGAAUUCAUCCUGGAUGAAGUAGAUGUUCACAUCCAGGCCAACCUGGAGGACGAGUUAGUAAAGGAAGCUCUCAAAACGGGUGUGGACCUGCGGCACUAUUCAAAGCAGGUGGAGCUGGAGCUACAGCAGAUCGAGCAGAAAUCCAUCCGGGAUUAUAUCCAAGAGAGUGAAAACAUAGCAUCUCUGCACAACCAGAUCACAGCCUGUGAUGCUGUCCUGGAGCGCAUGGAACAGAUGCUGGGAGCUUUUCAGAGUGACCUCAGCUCCAUCAGUUCCGAGAUCCGGACCCUGCAGGAGCAGUCAGGAGCCAUGAAUAUCCGACUUCGCAACCGCCAAGCAGUUCGGGGCAAACUCGGAGAGCUUGUGGAUGGUCUGGUUGUACCUUCUGCUCUGGUCACGGCAAUUCUAGAAGCUCCAGUGACAGAUCCCAGGUUCCUGGAGCAGCUGCAAGAGCUGGAUGCCAAGGCAGCCGCAGUUAGAGAGCAGGAGACGAGAGGCACGGCUGCCUGUGCGGAUGUCCGAGGCGUGCUUGACCGGCUCAGGGUUAAGGCGGUCACGAAGAUCCGGGAGUUCAUCCUCCAGAAGAUCUACUCAUUCAGAAAGCCCAUGACCAACUACCAGAUCCCCCAGACGGCCCUGCUGAAGUACAGGUUCUUCUAUCAAUUUCUGCUGGGCAAUGAGCGGGCCACAGCGAAGGAGAUCCGGGACGAGUACGUGGAGACGCUGAGCAAGAUCUACCUGUCCUACUACCGCUCCUACCUGGGGCGGCUCAUGAAAGUGCAGUACGAGGAAGUUGCAGAGAAAGAUGAUCUGAUGGGUGUGGAAGACACAGCCAAGAAAGGAUUCUUCUCGAAGCCUUCCCUCCGCAGCAGGAACACCGUCUUCACUCUGGGCACCCGGGGGGCUGUCAUUUCCCCUGCUGAACUGGAAGCCCCCAUCCUAGUGCCCCACACUGCCCAGCGGGGAGAGCAGAGGUAUCCAUUUGAAGCUCUCUUCCGCAGCCAGCACUACGCCCUCCUAGACAAUUCCUGCCGCGAGUAUCUUUUCAUCUGUGAAUUUUUUGUUGUGUCUGGCCCAGCUGCACAUGACCUGUUCCAUGCUGUCAUGGGCCGUACACUUGCCAUGACACUGAAGCACCUGGAGUCCUAUCUGGCUGACUGCUACGAUGCCAUCGCUGUCUUUCUCUGCAUCCACAUCGUUCUCCGAUUCCGCAGCAUUGCAGCCAAGAGGGAUGUUCCUGCCCUGGACAGGUACUGGGAGCAGGUGCUGGCCUUGCUGUGGCCACGGUUUGAGCUGAUCCUGGAGAUGAAUGUCCAAAGUGUCCGCAGCACUGACCCCCAGCGCCUUGGGGGCCUGGAUACUCGGCCCCACUACAUCACACGCAGAUAUGCUGAGUUCUCCUCUGCGCUUGUCAGCAUCAACCAGACCAUUCCCAACGAGCGCACCAUGCAGCUGCUGGGGCAGCUCCAGGUGGAGGUGGAGAACUUCGUCCUCCGAGUGGCUGCUGAGUUCUCCUCCAGGAAGGAGCAGCUUGUGUUUCUGAUCAACAACUAUGACAUGAUGCUGGGGGUGCUCAUGGAGCGGGCUGCAGAUGACAGCAAAGAGGUGGAGGGUUUCCAGCAGCUGCUCAACGCCAGGACACAGGAAUUUAUUGAAGAGUUGCUCUCGCCCCCCUUUGGGGGUCUGGUGGCAUUUGUGAAGGAGGCUGAGGCUUCGAUUGAGCGUGGACAGGCCGAGCAACUUCGAGGGGAAGAAGCGCGGGUUACACAGCUGAUCCGUGGCUUCGGCAGUUCCUGGAAAUCUUCCGUGGAGUCUCUGAGUCAGGAUGUAAUGCGGAGUUUCACCAACUUCAGGAAUGGAACCAGCAUCAUCCAGGGAGCACUGACACAGCUCAUCCAGAUCUACCACCGCUUCCACCGCGUGCUGGCGCAGCCGCAGCUGCGGGCCCUGCCGGCCCGCGCCGAGCUCAUCAACAUUCACCACCUCAUGGUGGAGCUCAAGAAGCACAAGCCCAACUUCUGACGGCCCCACAGCCGCCUCCUGAGGACACUGCGCCACCCACGCCCUCUGACCUGCAGCCGAGGGCCCACCCUGGCUCCUCUUGCCUCUCAGGCCCUUAGCAUGCCUCACCUAGCCUCCCCACGUGGGCAGGACCCUGCCUCAACGAUACAAGCCUCCUGACUCUCCAGCCAGCCAGAGUGAACUUUCAAAGUGACCUUUGUCACUGUCCCAAUUUCUUUGGCCCCCUCCUCUGUUCCUCUGCCCCCAAGGAUCUCCCCCUCCCCAGUCUCUGACUCAUUCAGCUUUUGUUACCAUAUCCUGAAGCAGGAAGCCUCAACCCUUAGGUUUGGUGGCAGAAGAGGCCACCAUUGUGAUUCUUUUUCUGUACUUUUUUGACCUAUGAUCUCAACAACUUGAACACUAACCUGUCACCUCCCAGCUUGAGAAUUACUCCAAAGUCAGUCUGUAGGAAAUGAUCCAUAUUUGAUAUGAUGUAACAAUCUUCCCUCCUUUCCUCUCUCCUUUCUCCAGGCUCUCAUUCCCUCACACUACUUGGGCUCACAUCCUAGUGGGCAUCUGGAAGGGGCAGGAAUAGUGAUAGAGAUAUCCUGUAAUUGCUUCAGACCCAAGCAGUGGACAAGUUGCUUAGGGAGGGGAAGGAGGUUGGCCUCUGGUUAAAAAGGCCAAUGACUGCUGCGUGUUUCAGGCAAGCCCAGGACAAUAGAACUAGUUCCAGGUUGGCCUAGGACAGAGGGAGACCCUACCUGGGUGGGGAGAGGAAAGGCCACUCACAGGCCUGGGAGUAUGGUAGGGCUGCUUCAGGCACUGUCCCAAAGGCUGCCUUGGGAAAAGCCUAAGUUGAACCGUCUCCUGUCCCUCAGCCCGUACUUGCAGCUGUCACAGCUCCUUAGUUCAAAUCCCUGCAUGAACGCUUGGGGCAGGGGUAGACCUGGUUCCUCCAGACAUGUGUCUCAUCCACAUCUGUUUGACUUCAAGUCCACCCGCCCGCUGGACACUGCAUUCGAACUGAGACAAGACUGCAGAAGCAGGCGACUGAGUCUUCAGGGAAAGCUGGGCCUACACUGUUCUCUAAUCUUGUUUUCUUGGAGGAAAGAGUUUGGUCAAGAGUUGUGGACUGUUAAAGCAGUUUAUUUAGCACAACUAACCAAAACAAGCACUCCAAAGAACCAGUGGAUUGGGCUUCUCCAAGGUAGGGAGAAGCCCAGUGGGUUUUCCAUUGUGGAUUCAAAAAAUGUUUCAUAAAUAUUCAUGAAGUGGUAUAUGCAAUGGAGUAAGGUAAUCUGUUCUUAAGUCAUGGUGGAAGGGAUCUCCCUUUAAGCUAUUCCUGUGAUCCACUAGCGAAACCCACAAACGGGGGAGGGAUUAAAACCACAAUACAAGUGAUAUUAAAGUGACAUUCAGUCUCAA